GACUUUUUUCAAAGAGCUUGAAAAUUGCAUGGAAAGGCCAGAGUUGUUGGGGACUUGCUUUUUGAAAAGGGUGAGUUCCUUGUGUGUUUGGAAACUGAAGGCCGUUACUGUGCUGUUACGGUGUGUUGCAGUGCUACGUCUCUGUGUGUGUCUCUCUCCAGAAAGAAGAGCUGCAGAUCUAUGAGAAAUACUGUCAGAACAAGCCCCGAUCAGAGGCACUGUGGAGACAGUGUGGCGACAGCCUGUUUUUCCAGGUGACUCCCAUUCCCUGUGUGUCUCUGUGUUGACAUGGUUAUGAUAUUAUAUUCUACUAUAUAAUGGUGUCAGUUUACAUUAAGCAACAUGUCAUUGGACAAACUUAAAUGUUCUGUUUGGAUGACUUAAAUGAUAACAUUGACUUAACACAAAUGAUUGCAACUAGAAACAUUCUCUGAUGUAUGAAAAAAAAAAAAAUGCACUCACUAACUGUAAGUCGCUCUGGAUAAGAGCGUCUGCUAAAUGACUAAAAUGUAAAUGUAAAUGUUUGUUACUGCAGGAAUGUCAGAAGAAGCUGGACCACAAACUCUCCCUGGAUGCCUAUUUACUCAAACCUGUGCAGAGGAUCACCAAGUACCAGCUGAUGCUCAAGGCAAGUUUAUCACGGAGGUCAAAUCUCUCACCUUAGCACCAUACAAUCAAGCCUUCUACAUCAACACACAGAUAACAGAUACUAUGCUCACACAUGCUCUUUGGACUAACAUGCAGAGCACUUAUUUCAGGCUAAUCUGAUUGGAAGUCUCAAGUAUCACCUGGAAUGCUUUUCCAACAGUCUUGAAGGAGUUCCCACAUAUCCUGAGCACUUGUUGGCUGCUUUUUCUUCACUCUGCGGUCCAACUCAUCCCAUCUCAGUUGGGUUGAGGUCGGGUGAUUGUGGAGGCCAGGUCAUCUGAUGCAGCACUCCAUCACUCUCCUUCUUGGUCAAAUAGCCCUUACACAGCCUGGAGGUGUGUUGGGUCAUUGUCCUGUUGAAAAACAAAUGAUAGUCCCACUAAGCGCAAACCAGAUGGGAUGGCGUAUCGCUGCAGAAUGCUGUGGUAGCCAUGCUGGUUAAGUGUGCCUUGAAUUCUAAAUAAAUCACUGACAGUGUCACCAGCAAAGCACCCCCACACCAUCACACCUCCUCCUCCAUUCUUUCACGGUGGGAACCACACAUGCAGAGAUCAUCCAUUCACCCACACCGCGUCUCACAAAGACACGGCGGUUGGAACCAAAAAUCUCAAAUUUGGACUCCAGACCAAAGGACAGAUUUCCACCGGUCUAAUGUCCAUUGCUCGUGUUUCUCGGCCCAAGCAAGUCUCUUCUUCUUAUUGGUGUCCUUUAGUAGGGUUUCUUUGCAGCAAUUCGACCAUGAAGGCCUGAUUCACGCAGUCUCCUCUGAACAUCUGCAUUGCUUGCUGUUUGGGGUUUUAGGCUGGGUUUCUGUAUAGCACUUUGUGACAUCUGCUGAUGUAAAAAGGGCUUUAUAAAUCAAAUUUGAUUGAUUGAUUGAACAGUUGAUGUUGAGAUGUGUCUGUUACUUGAACUCUGUGAAGCAUUUAUUUGGGCUGCUAUUUCUGGUAACUCUAAUUAACUUAUCCUCUGCAGCAGAGGUAACUCUGGGUCUUCCUUUCCUGUGGCGGUCCUCAUGAGAGCCAGUUUCCGCAUAGCGCUUGAUGGGUUUUGUGACUGCUCUUGAAGAAACUUUAAAAGUUCUUGAAAUUUUCCGGAUUGACUGACCGUCAUCUCUUAAAGUAGUGAUGGACUGUCAUUUCUCUCUGCUUAUUUGAGCUGUUCUUCUUAUAAUAUGGACUUGGUUUUUUUCCAAAUAGGGCUAUCUUCUGUAUACCACCCCUACCUUUUCACAACACAACUGAUUGGCUCAAGUGCAUUAAGAAGGAAAGAAAUUCCACAAAUUAACUUUAACAAGGCACACCUGUUAAUUGAAAUGGUUUCCAGCUGACUACCUCAUGAAGCUGGUUGAGAGAAUGCCAAGAGUGUGCAAAGCUGUCAUCAAGGCAAAGGGUGGCUACUUUGAAGAAUCUCAAAUAUAAAAUUAGUUUAACACUUUUGGUUACUACAUGAUUAUUUCAUAGUUUUGAUGUCUUCACUAUUAUUCUACAAUGUAGAAAAUAGUAAAAAUAAAGAAAAACCCUUGAAUGAGUAGGUGUGUCCAAACUUUUGACUGGUACUGUAUGUAUUUCUCAUGCCUAGUGCACCUUGUUAUCUUGCUGUAUAACCCCCCACACAGAGAGGUCAGUACCUGUAGCCAUGUCGCUGAAAAGACACAGCUGAAUGGAUAUUGAAUAGUACAAGUGGCUGUUGGUCUCAGAGUGGUUUCUUUGCAGUAGCCUGUGUGGUUGGAAAGGCUUCACUCUUAGCCUUGGUCUGUUGUUAGCGUAGGAGUAAGCCAAACACUGAGGAUACAUUAUUUAUCCGACUUCACUUUGUCCUCACCGGCUCUGUUCCCCCUCUAGGAGAUGCUGAAAUGCAGUAAGAACCAGGAGGGUACUGCUGAGUUGGAGGAGGCCCUGGCCACCAUGCUGGACAUCAUCAAAUCUGUCAAUGACUCCAUGCAUCAGAUUGCCAUAACAGGAUUCGAGGUCAGUUUGACUCGGAUGGAGUUUAAGGGUGUGAAAAAUCAGUUUGUUGCCUAUCUUAGAGUGGGCUAAAGGGAAGGUUCUAGGACAUCCUGCCGUAAAUGAGUUUGACUAAUCGGGCGGAGAGAGACUGCAUGGCUAGGCUGUAUAGAUGUAUAGAGGGUGUACUGUACAGUGCCUUGCAAAAGUAUUCAUCCCCCUUGGCGUUUUUCCUAUUUUGUUGCAUUACAACCUGUAAUUUAAAUGGAUUUUUAUUUGGAUUUCAUGUAAUGGACAUACACAAAAUAAUCCAAAUUGGUGAAGUGAAAUGAAAAAAAUAACUUGUUUAAAAAAAUUCAAAAAAAUAAAUAACGGAAAAGUGGUGCGUGCAUAUGUAUUCACUCCCUUUGCUAUGAAGCCCCUAAAUAAGAUCUGGUGCAACCAAUUACCUUAGAAGUCACAUAAUUAGUUAAAUAAAGUCCACCUGUGUGCAAUCUAAGUGUCACAUGAUCUGUCACAUGAUCUCAGUAUAUAUACACCUGUUCUGAAAGGCCCCAGAGUCUGCAACACCACUAAGCAAGGGGCACCACCAAGCAAGCGGCACCAUGAAGACCAAGGAGCUCUCCAAACAGGUCAGGGACAAAGUUGUGGAGAAGUACAGAUCAGGGUUGGGUUAUAAAAAAAAAUAUCAGAAACUUUGAACAUCCCACGGAGCACCAUUCAAUUCAUUAUUAAAAAAUGGAAAGAAUACGGCACCACAACAAACCUGCCAAGAGAGGGCCGCCCACCAAAACUCACGGACCAGGAAGGAGGGCAUUAAUCAGAGAGGCAACAAAGAGACCAAAGAUAACCCUGAAGGAGCUGCAAAGCUCCACAGCGGAGAUGGGAGUAUCUGUCCAUAGGACCACUUUAAGCCAUACACUCCACAGAGCUGGGCUUUACGGAAGAGUGGCCAGAAAAAAGCCAUUGCUUAAAGAAAAAAAUAAGCAAACACGUUUGGUGUUCGCCAAAAGACAUGUGGGAGACUCCCCAAACAUAUGGAAGAAGGUACUCUGGUCAGAUGAGACUAAAAUUUAGCUUUUUGGCCAUCAAGGAAAACGCUAUGUCUGGCACAAACCCAACACCUCUCAUCACCCUGAGAACACCAUCCCCACUGUGAAGGAUGGUGGUGGCAGCAUCAUGCUGUGGGGAUGUUUUUCAUCGGCAGGGACUGGGAAACUGGUCAGAAUUGAAGGAAUGAUGGAUGGCGCUAAAUACAGGGAAAUUCUUGAGGGAAAUCUGUUUCAGUCUUCCAGAGAUUUGAGACUGGGACAGAGGUUCACCUUCCAGCAGGACAAUGUCCCUAAGCAUACUGCUAAAGCAACACUCGAGGGGUUUAAGGGGAAACAUCUAAAUGUCUUGGAAUGGCCUAGUCAAAGCCCAGACCUCAAUCCAAUUGAGAAUCUGUGGUAUGACUUAAAGAUUGCUGUACACCAGCGGAACCAAUCUAACUUGAAGGAGCUGGAGCAGUUUUGCCUUGAAGAAUGGGCAAAAAUCCCAGUGGCUAGAUGUGCCAAGCUUAUAGAGACAUACCCCAAGAGACUUGCAGCUGUAAUUGCUGCAAAAGGUGGCUCUACAAAGCAUUGACUUUGGGGGGGAGGGAGGGUGAAUAGUUAUGCACGCUCAGGUUUUCUGUUUUUUUUGUCUUAUUUCUUGUUUGUUUCACAAUAGAAAAUAUUUUGCAUCUUCAAAGUGGUAGGCAUGUUGUGUUUAUCAAAUGAUACAAACCCCCCAAAAAUCUAUUUUAAUUCCAGGUUGUAAGGCAAAAAAAUAGGGGGUGAAUACUUUUGCAAGCCACUAUAUGUGCCAGCAUGUGGGACUGAUGGCCUCUGUGUGUCUCUCUCACCCCCCCAGGGAAACCUUAGUGAGCUGGGGAAGCUCCUGAGGCAGGGCUCGUUCAACGUGUGGACGGACCACAAGAAGGGCCACAGCAAGGUGAAGGACCUGGCCCGCUUCAAGCCCAUGCAGAGGCACCUGUUCCUCUACAACAAGAUGCUGCUCUUCUGUAAGAAGCGGGAGGAGACCACGGACGAGAAGCCGUCACCCUCCUAUAGCUUCAAGCACUCACUAAAGGUGAGGUCGGUUGGUGGGAUCAGUUCUUGUUGGACAAACAUAACCUGUGUGUAUAUACAAACAUCACCUUUUAUGUAAGGGAACCAUUUCUGACCUGAAAUUUGAACAAGAAAGCAUGUGCUAAGUCCAUUUGCUUGACUGUAGGGCCAUACUGCCCACUAUCCUACACUAAGUUCCCCCGCCUCAAAUGAAAACUUUACAGUGGCUAUCUCAGACCCCUGAGAUCCUUGGUAUUCACUGUCACUCCCCAUAUUUCAAUUCAAGCUUAUCUGGACGUAUGAAAAAUCAAGGCAGUAAACAGGGCCCUACGAUGACAGGACCCUUUCAUCACUGGGACGCUGGAACAACUAUUUGUUUUCUUGAAGAAACCUUUGAACUUGUUUUCUUCUCCCACUCGCUGGCUAGUGUGCAUGUAAUCAAUGAGUAAUUCCACUCAUCGCUCAAUAGAAGUGAAAAGACACAUUUCAGCUUGUUAAAAAAAAGCUGUAGCAGUUCACAUUGGAAGAAUACAAGGUGAAUCAGCGGUGUAAAUAUAAAAUAUAAAGCCGUCACUGUUGUUAACCACAGCCUUGCCUUUGUUUCAGAUGAGUGCAGUGGGAAUCACAGAAAAUGUCAAAGGAGACAUUAAGAAGUUUGAGGUCUGGUAUAACGGCAGAGAGGAAGUCUAUAUCAUUCAGGUACAUGUCCAUAUAGUUUCUGUGUAAAAAAAAAACUUCCAAAACACUUUGAUAUUACAAGUUAUUGUCUAAAGAAUUCCAAAUACAGUGCCUUCGGAAAGUAUUCAGACUCCUCGACCUUUUCCACAUUUUGUUACGUUACAGCCUUAUUCUAAAAUGUAUUACAUUGUUUAUUUCCCCUCAUCAAUCUACACACAAUACCCCCGAAUGACAAAGCAAAAACUGUUUUUUUAGAAAUGUUUGCAAUACUUUCUGAAUGUGCUGUAUCUCUCACUCUUGAGACAAAUGCCUUUUCUGUAUGAGUUUCUCCCUUUGACCACUGGGUGGCAGUGUUGCCCUAUGAAGAGUAGCCCCCCUCAGACUUCAUUCUCACAGAAACAUCCACUGUCUGGUGUGAGACAGGCUGUAGAGUGUGUGUGUAUAUUUAUAUGUAUGACUGUGUGUUUGUGUGUCUCCACAGGCUCCCUCCAUGGAUGUGAAGAACAUGUGGGUGUCAGAGAUCCGAAAAGUUCUGACGGGCCAGCUUGAAGCUUGCAGAGGUAUACAGUGGGGGGGUUCUCUCUCUAGGCAUAUUCAAACCACCCUCUCUCUCAUACAGCACUAGACACCUGAACAGAGCCCUGAACCCUGUCAGAAUGCUGAUGUGAAUGUUAAGCAGUGGGAGGGGGGGGGGGGGGGGGGGUGUUAUCCAGUGUUGGAGGAGAGCUGAUAUAGAGAUAGGGGAGGGAGGUGGACAACUGUUUGAGAACACAUUCCUGACCCUGACGGUACAGUCCACUCACUCACACACUCCUCUCCCUCCGCCGCCCUCCAGCAGUAUGCAUCAAUCGCCGACUGUUCCGCUCUGAAGAUCCUGACAGUCAGGAAAACGACCCUCUGCGCUGUCUACACUCGGCUGGACUGACAAGCUGUGUGUGAGAGAGAGGAUGUGUGUGUGUGUGUGAGGUGACUGAGUAAUAACAUAGCAGCCCACAUAUGAAGCAGAGUGAGAGAAAGAGGCUCUGGCCUGCUGGAGGGUUGGAGGUGAUUUACGCCUGUCUCGGCUGGCGAGCGGGGGGAGGGGAGGUCAGCACGUAGCAACAUAGAGCAGCACACAAGAUAAGCCACUGUGUGCGGUAUUAAAAAGCCCAGCGACGUGGGGUUUGUGUAAUAGCAGGACAAGGCCAGCUUACAGACAAUCCAGCUUCAGCAGUGGCUUGCACUGCGGCUACAGGCUGCAGCUGUUUGAUUUGAUUCCUCCCCUGGGCCUUGGCAGUCAACUGUCCUGUCCUCCUGUUAAAGGUCCACUGCAGCCAUUUUGAUCUCAAUAUCAAAUAAUUUCUGGCUAACAAUAAAGUACCUUACUGUGAUUGUUUUCAAUUAAAAUGGUCAAAAAGAAACAAAAAUAGCUUCUUAGCAAAGAGCAAUUUCUCAAGCAAGAAUUUUGCUAGGACUGGGAGUGGUCUGAGUGGGGAGGGGAAAACUGAAAAUUAGCUGUUAUUGGCAGAGAGGUUUGUAACUCUCUUUCUUAUUGGUCUAUUAACUAAUUUAUCGCCUGCCCUGGUGAUGUCACCAGGCAGGCCAAAACUCCAUCACACCAAAAGAGGCUGAAAUUCCAGCCAGUCUUUUCAAACAACUCUUACACUAAAAGGGCUUUAUCAUAAUUUUCACAAUUUCACAGCAUUAUUGAAACCUCAUAGUGUGGAAAUGUAUAUAAAACACAGGAAAAUCACAUUUUGACUGCACUGGGCCUUUAAAGACACGGAUUAGUGGCUUCCAUUCUGUCUGCACCACUGUUUUGGUCUAUGGCUUCAGGUAUGAUUGCACUGUUUUGGUCCACAGACUCUCCUGUGGCUUAUGUGACUCCUGGGAUUUCUCCUGUUUUAUCGCCUGGCAUUGAAACACAUACAGUGAGGGAAAAAAGUAUUUGAUCCCCUGCUGAUUUUGUACAUUUGCCCACUGACAAAGACAUGAUCAGUCUAUAAUUUUAAUGGUAGAUUUAUUUGAACAGUGAGAGACAGAAUAACAACAAAAUAAUUCUGAAAAACGCAUGUAAAAAAUGUUUUAAAUUUAUUUGCAUUUUAAUGAGGGAAAUAAGUAUUUGACCCCUCUGCAAAACAUGACUUAGUACUUGGUGGCAAAACCCUUGUUGGCAAUCAGAGGUCAGACGUUUCUUGUAGUUGGCCACCAGGUUUGCACACAUCUCAGGAGGGAUUUUGUCCCACUCCUCUUUGCAGAUCUUCUCCAAGUCAUUAAGGUUUCGAGCCUGACGUUUGGCAACUCGAACCUUCAGCUCCCUCCACAGAUUUUCUAUGGGAUUAAGGUCUGGAGACUGGCUAGGCCACUCCAGGACCUUAAUGUGCUUCUUCUUGAGCCACUCCUUUGUUGCCUUGGCCGUGUGUUUUGGGUCAUUGUCAUGCUGGAAUACCCAUCCAUGACCCAUUUUCAAUGCCCUGGCUGAGGGAAGGAGGUUCUCACCCAAGAUUUGACGGUAAAUGGCCCCGUCCAUCGUCCCUUUGAUGCGGUGAAGUUGUCCUGUCCCCUUAGCAGAAAAACACCCCCAAAGCAUAAUGUUUCCACCUCCAUGUUUGACGGUGGGGAUGGUGUUCUUGGGGUCAUUGGCAGCAUUCCUCCUCCUCCAAACACGGCGAGUUGAGUUGAUGCCAAAGAGCUCGAUUCUGGUCUCAUCUGACCAUAACACUUUCACCCAGUUCUCCUCUGAAUCAUUCAGAUGUUCAUUGGUAAACUUCAGACGGGCCUGUAUAUGUACUUUCUUGAGCAGGGGGACCUUGCGGGCGCUGCAGGAUUUCAGUCCUUCACGGCGUAGUGUGUUACCAAUUGUUUUCUUGGUGACUAUGGUCCCAGCUGCCUUGAGAUCAUUGACAAGAUGAUGUAGUUCUGGGCUGAUUCCUCACCGUUCUCAUGAUCAUUGCAACUCCAUGAGGUGAGAUCUUGCAUGGAGCCCCAGGCCGAGGGAGAUUGACAGUUAUUUUGUGUUUCUUCCAUUUGCAAAUAAUCGCACCAACUGUUGUCACCUUCUCACCAAGCUGCUUGGCGAUGGUCUUGUAGCCCAUUCCAGCCUUGUGUAGGUCUAGAAUCUUGUCCCUGACAUCCUUGGAGAGCUCUUUGGUCUUGGCCAUGGUGGAGAGUUAGGAAUCUGAUUGAUUGAUUGCUUCUGUGGACAGGUGUCUUUUAUACAGGUAACAAACUGAGAUUAGGAGCACUCCCUUUAAGAGUGUGCUCCUAAUCUCAGCUCGUUACCUGUAUAAAAGACACCUGGGAGCCAGAAAUCUUUCUGAUUGAGAGGGGGUCAAAUACUUAUUUCCCUCAUUAAAAUGCAAAUCAAUUUAUAACAUUUUUGACAUGCGUUUUUCUGGAUUUUUUUGUUGUUAUUCUGUCUCUCACUGUUCAAAUAAACCUACCAUUAAAAUUAUAGACUGAUCAUGUCUUUGUCAGUGGGCAAACGUGCAAAAUCAGCAGGGGAUCAAAUACUUUUUUCCCUCACUGUAGGUUUAUCAACCUGCUUUUCACUGCAGGUUUCGCACACAGUCCUACACACAGUGUGACAUACACAAGCAUGCAAACACCAAACAACAAACUCACAUGCGCGCACACACACACUUGCAUACCCAACAAAUUCACCUCACUGAUCUUUUUAUGUAAAUUUAACCUAAGCUAAUAUCCCUGUCAUUCCAUUGAAAAUAAAUCUACGUUCUAUUCCAAUACCAUUUUCUUUUCUCCAUUCACAGAGGCGAGCCAACUCCAUCAGAAGAUCACUGAGAAUGUGUAUCAUGCUCCCAUGAGGUAGAGUACUCCGUCUCCCAACGUUUUCAUCAUGUCGUGUGAUUGAAUGGCAGCACCGCACAGAUGCUCUCAAGGAUAGUGAAUGUAACGCUUCUACAGUGCCUGUGUGAUUGACUGUCCUAUAUCUCUCCUCUCCUCCGCUCAGAAACAUGCGCAAAAUGGCCCUGAGGCAGUCGGACUCGUCUAGCCCAGAGACAGGCUUCAGGAGGAGCAACCCCAGCCCCAACAUGAGACAGAAACGAGGUGAGAGAUCACACAGCUGCAGCCAGCCCCCGCCAGGCCCCAGGCCCUGCCAAACCAGCAACCACUCAGCUCCGCUGACUGGAAACAAAAGGCAGGAUCUUCCAUGUACAAAUCAUCCCAUAAUGGCAUUAUGAAAGACACCACAAUGAUGGCACAAUUAGCUGGGAUGUUUUAUCUGGGCUCUAACUAUUACUGGCUCCAACUCUCUUUCUGUUUCUCUCGGCAUCAACCCAAGCCAACCUCUCACCACCACUCCCCUCUGAUCGCUCACUACAUACACUACACUGGCAGAUGAGGAUGAGAUAUUGGGUACGUUUUCAUGCUGUGUAGAGCCCGGCAGCAGAGUGCUGCUGCAUCACAGUGAGAGGGACCUGGGCUAACGGUAGUCUGCCAAGGAGCGGCUGGUGGUGGUUAGGAGAGGAGAGUUGCUCUUUGUCUCUGGAUGUGGUCAGUGGCUGGACGUCACUGGCUCUAGGAGUAAGUGGAUCCGACAGGUGCUUAGUCCUGGGUGCAUGAGGGCCUUUAUUACCCCCACCACAGACUCACAGAGGAAAUCUAUGAAAUCUCUCCCCUUCUCCUCUGUGGUAAAUUAAUAUUACAGAAGCUGUUGUAGGGUUGAGCAAUGGUGUUUUUCAGUACCAACCUUAUACUAAAAAUUAAUGUCUACAUUAUUCAUGCAGUUACACAACUGCAGUAUAGUACGGUUUUGACUACAAUGAGUUUUGAACUGUGGUCUGGUGGGACUUUUUAGCUUUGACACAUAUAUAACUGAUGCCAACCAUUUCCCUGAUUGGGACUGUUUCCUUAUUGGGUCAGCAGGACCCACUCCAGAGGUCAUGACCCCAAAUACUGUAGUCCCACUAGUACACCUCCCACUAAACCUCCGCAGUCUUCUGGGUUUAGUCUGACCAGCUGUUAGAUUCUGCCAACGGUACGGUAUAUACCACGCUCAGAUAGUCUGACUGAAGGCUUUUCCAUUCUCAGUCAGAGUCUACUAUAUUCUCUCUCAUAGUGAUCCAAAAGCUCUGAAUAAUUUUCUAAUCUCAAGAUCUCCAGAAGGCCAGAGUAACCUCAGAGGAGAGAAGCAGCAGCUGCGUUGACAUCUCUCUGUUUGGAAGCUUUGUCAGAGGUGUGAGACGAGGUGAACCUGGAAGUUGUGAUUAUUUUGUGUUCUCACAAUCAGAAGGUGAUAAUUAUGUACAAGAUAAUAUGGACAUUUUGAGUGGUCCUCCAGGGCAGGUAGUUAAAGUGUCCUUGAAAUCACACAUACUACAAGACAAGCUGUCCAUUUUGAAAAAGUGUAAAACUGUCUUCUAGUUUUGGCAUUGGCAGGUGUCUAAAUCCUUAUACCCAUGCAGUUCCAGCAUGAUUGUGGAGGACUCUUCUCUUCCUAAUGCAGGUUGUGUUGUUGAUGGAGCAUAGAGGGGUCAAUCAGGGAUCAGGUUAGUCUAUAUGGUGAAAGGCUCCAGGAAAUGGAAUAGGGGUCUCCAAAAUGUCCAGGGUUGUCAUGGUAUCCAUAUCCCUCAGGCUUUCUCUCUACCCUCUGCUUCUGCCUCCUCCUUUACCGUUGUCCUCUCCCUUUCCCUCCCUAGCUGAGGCUUCUGCAACUAAUAACCCUGACCACAAUGCUGCUCUUGCUAGAAAGCGCUUCACCUUGCAGGGCCUCUCCAAUAGAAGGUCUCUUCCCUCAGGUAAAGAAGCCAUGACAUCUCCAUUGACCUGCUCACCCUGUCCUUAUCUCCACCAACACUCCAUCCUGACUCAUGAUAUUGGCUUCAUCCCCUCUUUGAAGAGGUCCCACUCAUUGUGUUGUAAACAACUUCAGCUACUCUCAUUCAUUCUCAAUGUUGUUCAUUAUCCUUAGCCUGCUACUCUGCAUGUCCUUGUGCCGCAGGCAGUGCUGCUAAUACACACAGGCACUUUCGCUCAGAGCAGAGAACUAGUGUAUGUAAAGUAUGUCAGGCGGAGUCAGAGGAAGGCACACAAAAUGGUCAGACUCCAGCCACCCUAGCCAUAGACUGUUCUCUCUGCUACCGCACGGCAAGUGGUACCAAGUCUGGAACCAACAGGACCCUAAACAGCUUCUACCCCCAAGCCAUAAGACUGCUAAAGAAGAUAGCUAAAUAGCUAAUCAAUUGGCUACCUGCAUUUACCCUUUUUUUAACUAACUCUCUUGCGCUGACUAUGCACACACACUGGACUCUACCCACACACUCACACAUACUUACACCGACACCCCAACACACACAUACACACACUACAUUCACCCACACACACAUAACAUGCACACUGAUGCCACACACACACACUCACUCACUCACUCUCACACUCACACUCACACACACACUCACACAGACACACACACACACACACACACACUUUCACACUCACCACAUAUGCUGCUGCUACUGCUCCUGCUUCACAUACGCUGCUGCUACAGAUCAAUCUAUUAUCUAUCCUGUUGCCUAGUCACUUUACCCCUACAUAUACACUCAGUGGCCAGUUUAUUAGGUACACCCAUCUAGUCCCGGGUCGGACCCUCCUUUUGCCUCCAGAACAGCCUGAAUUCUCCGGGGAAUGGAAACGUUGCUCAGUUGUUAUCAAGGGAUCUAACGUGUGCCAGGCAAACAUUCCCCACACCAUUACACCACCGCCACCAGCCUGUACCGUUGACACCAGGCAGGAUGGGGCCAUGGACUCAUGCUGCUUACGCCAAAUCAGCAGGACGCAACAGGAACCGGAAUUCGUCGGACCACUCCUCAGUUGUCCAGUGUUGGUGAUCGCCUGCCCACUGGAGACGCUUCUUCUUGUUUUUAGCUGAUAGGAGUGGAACCCUAUGUUGUCGUCUGCUGCUAUAGCCCAUCCGUGACAAGGACCGACGAGUUGUGCAUUCCGAAAUGCCGUUCUUUACACCACUGUUGCACGAUUCUUGCCGUUCUCCUUCGACCUCUCAUCAACAAGCUGUUUUCGCCCACAGGACUGCCGCUGACUGGAUAUAUUUUGUUUGUCGCACCAUUCUCUGUAAACCCAAGACACUGUUGUGCGUGAAAAGCCCAGGAGGCUGGCCAUUUCUGAGAUACUGGAACUGGCGCUCAAAGUUGCUUAUGCCACUCAUUUUGUCCAUUCUAACGUUCGAUCGAACAGUAACUGAAUGCCUCGAUGCAUGUCUGCCUGCUUUAUAUAGCAAACCACGGCCAUGUGACUCACUGUCUGGAGGAGUGAACCAUACAUAAUAAACUGGCCACUUAAUAAACUGCAAAAGUAUUCAUCCCCCUUGGCGUUUUUCCUAUUUUGUUGCAUUACAACCUGUAAUUUAAAUGGAUUUUUAUUUGGAUUUCAUGUAAUGGACAUACACAAAAUAGUCCAAAUUGGUGAAGUGAAAUGAAAAAAAAAUCUUGUUUCAAAAAAUGCUAAGAAAUAAGUAACGGUAAAGUGGUGCGUGCAUAUGUAUUCACCCCAUGCUAUGAAGCCCCUAAAUAAGAUCUGGUGCAACCAAUUAUCUUCAGAAGUUACAUAAUUAGUUAAAUAAAGUCCACCUGUGUGCAAUCUAAGUGUCACAUGAUCUGUCACAUGAUCUCAGUAUAUAUACACCUGUUCUGAAAGGCCCCAGAGUCUGCAACACCACCAAGCAAGUGGCACCAUGAAGACCAAGGAGCUCUCCAAACAGGUCAGGGACAAAGUUGUGGAUAAGUACAGAUCAGCGUUGGGUUAUAAAAACAUAUCCGAAACUUUGAACAUCCCACAGAGCACCAUUAAAUCCAUUAUAAAAAAAUUGAAAGAAUAUGGCACCACAACAAACCUGCCAAGAGAGGGUUGCCCACCAAAACACAUGGACCAGGCAAGGAGGGCAUUAAUCAGAGAGGCAACAAAGAGACUAAAGAAAACCCUGAAGGAGCUGCAAAGCUCCAUAGCGGAGAUUGGAGUAUCUGUCCAUAGGACCACUUUAAGCCAUACACUCCACAGAGCUGGGCUUUACGGAAGAGUGGCCAGAAAAAAGCUAAAUGAGACUAGAAUUGAGCUUUUUGGCAAUCAAGGAAAACGCUAUGUCUGGCGCAAACCCAACACCUCUCAUCACCCCGAGAACACCAUCCCCACAUUGAAGCAUGAUGCAUCAUGCUGUGGGGAUAUUUUUCAUCGGCAGGGACUGGGAAACUGGUCAGAAUUGAAGGAAUGAUGGAUGGCGCUAAAUACAGGGAAAUUCUUGAGGGAAACCUGUUUCAGUCUUCCAGAGAUUUGAGACUGGGAUGGAGGUUCACCUUCCAGCAGGACAAUGACCCUAAGCAUACUGGUAAAGCAACACUUGAGUGGUUUAAGGGGAAAUAUUUAAAUGUCUUGGAAUGGCCUAGUCAAAGCCCAGACCUCAAUCCAAUUGAGAAUCUGUGGUAUGACUUAAAGAUUGCAGUACACCAGCAGAACCCAUCCAACUUGAAGGAGAUGGAGCAGUUUUGCCUUGAAGAAUGGGCAAAAAUCCCAGUGGCUAGAUUUGCCAACCUUAUUUGCCAACCUUAUUUGCCAACCUUAUAUUUGCCAUACCCCAAGAGACUUGCAGCUGUAAUUUCUGCAAAAGGUGGCUCUACAAAGUAUUGACUUUGGGGGAGGGUGAAUAGUUAUGCGCGCUCAAGUUUUCAGUUUUUUUGUCUUAUUUCUUGUUUGUUUCACAAUAUAAAAUAUUUUGCAUCUUCAAAGUGGUAGGCAUGUUGUGUAAAUCAAAUGAUGCAACCCCAAAAAAUCCAUUUUAAUUCCAGGUUGUAAGGCAACAAAAUAUAACAAUUUGCCAAGGGGGUUGAAUACUUUCGCAAGCCACUGUACGUACAUAGCUACCUCAAUUACCUCGUACCCCUGCACAUCAACUCGGUGCAGUACUCCCUGUAUAUAGCCAUGUUAUUUUUUCUCGUUAUUCGUUAUUCACUGUGUAUUUAUUCCUUGUGUCAAUCUUUUUAUUUUAUAUCUUUAUCUUUAACUCUGCAUUGUUGGAAAUUGUUGGACCCGUAAGUAAGCAUUUCACCCUUAGUCUACACCUGUAGUUUACGAAGCAUGUGACAAAUAAAAUGUUAUUUGAUUUGAAUUUUCCAAAUACUAGUAUGUCUAGAGAACAAUGGGAUUUCACAUUUUCGGGAGUAUAGAACGACCUUGGCGUCCAGGCAAUGAAAACGCAUGAAGGCUAAAUUCGCAGACAGGCAGCCUUAGUAAAUGUCAGCCUGUAAUGCUCUUGACAUUUAAAAGCGUAUUAACAUUUUUUUAAGAGGAUGGUUUGAUUCAAGGUUUUUCUCCACAGAAUACAUCCUUAAUAACAAUACUGAUAGCCUGAUUAGCUACAUCUGAUAUAUUUUACAACAAACAUGAUAUUGCUUUUAGUUAAACAAACCAAUUGAGCAGGGAGAUGGGUUUAUUUCAUUAUUAUUCUAUUACCACUUUGGUGCUAUUACAGGGGUCUUGUGGUUUGUAAGUGGGCAAUAAAAUGACUGUACAUUACUGUGCAUACUAUGUCAUCAUUUGUAUGGUGAUAAUCUAAUACUGUGUAGUUGGGUCCAUUCAUGAUGGCGAGCAGAGCAGGCUAGCUGAAGAGAAAUGGACACUGAGGGGGUGAUGUUUUUGUACUUAUUGGCCUGCCGAGGUAAUGCCUCGCUGUGAACUUGAGUUGCCGAUAGAUUUCAUCUUGUUAGCAUACCCCGCCCAUCGGUUUCUAAUAUGCGCCUGUGAGGAAGCCGCCACCCACUCUCAAUGUCCACGAUUUGUCUUUAUCAUCCUGCGCUUCCUUGUGUCUCCUCCAUUCAUUGCACGUUUCUCAGUCCCACAGUCAACCGCCUGCCUGUUUGAACUCACUAAUUUGAUACAACUAAGAGAAAUGAAUGAACUUGAAGGGAUACUGCAACAUUUUGGCAAUUAAGUCUCUGCGUGCAGUUUGAAGGAAGUUGAAGGUAGUUUCUGGAGCCAUUGCUAACUAGCAUUAGCGCAAUGACUGGAAGUCUACAGGAACAGCUAGCAUGCUUCAACUUCCUUCAAACUGCAUGCAGAGACACAAAAAUACUAUCCAUGAGUUCAUCCGACUCUGGGUAAGUAGAAAAAAGGGCUUAAUUGCCAAAAUGUCACACUAUCCCUUUAAGCUGGACAGUGUUUAGUGAGGAAUCAACAGUGACAGUUAUCACCAAGUCUUGUAUCAGAUCAGAAGUCAAUCCAGAGAAAAGGCAGGAAUCCUCAAAGCAAUAUGCUCCUUUAGCCUUGCCAGUCUUGCCAUUAAAAUGCUUCUCUUUGCCUUCCUGUGCCAUCCAUCCCUCCCUCCCUCCCUCAUCUUCUUCUGCCCAGCUAAUUGCUAACCCUGCCCUGCCUUUCACAGCCGAGCCUCCAUCUAAGGUGACAGAUGUCACACGGCGCUUCUCUUUAGCCUCCUCUAUCAGUGUCUCCGCCACCAGACGCACAAAAGGUACCUGAUUGCCUGCGGUCUUUCGCUUUCUUUUUUUCUCUCCUCCCGUUGCCAUCACACUUUUUAAAGUGUCUGAGAGCAGGUACAGACCGGUUAGUGAGGGGGCUCUUUGAGAGAGAGGGAAGGGAAGGGAGAGAGAGCUAGAGAUGUAGAAAGAAGGAGUCAGCUAAGGUAAUGAGAAAAAGGUAAUUUUCUCAACAAGUCCUACUCAUUUAUGAAACUCAUGAAAUUGAUGAGAUGCAUGAAUAAAAUCAGUCCUUCUCAGAAAUGAAACAAAAAGGAAAAAUAGUCUUUUUUUGAGAAACCAUAGUAAUCAAAUGUGAAUUUUGAAAAGCUGAUAUUUGGAAUGUGGGGUGACAUUCAGAGCUGCAAAGCAAGUGCAAUUGUUGUUGGAAUUUAGAUGAGAACUUCAUUUUGCCAAUAGUCCCCUCCUUUCUUCUUCCUAAUCAAGCAUUUCAAUAACUUAAGAGCAAUGAAAACUGAGGAUGUACAAUAAAAUGGAUUUUGCUUCACUGUCUCAAUAGAUCUAAUUUUCCACUAACGCUUCCACCAUGCAUUCAUUGCCCCUGACAGGUCCUCCUUCAACUCAUGUUAAAAAGACCAAAAGACAUGAGAUAAAGAGUGAUCCAACACCAUUCGGUUAUGAAGGUAGCUAUAGCUUCACAGUAUGCUGUGGAUCUGUGCAUGUUCAGCCCUGUCUUUGUUAAUGGUGACUGCUUUGCAUUUUGGUGAGUUGAUGUGUGUGCGUGUGUUUUGCCUGCUCCGUUGUGAUUCAGUGUGAUGCAUGGUAUAUGUAUUAGUUUGGCACAACAAGUGCUGAACAAGAUGACUUCACAUUAGCAGUGCAAUGUUGUUGGUAAUGAGUCAGUGUGGCUGUGGAGCAAUGAUGGCUCCUUAAUAUAUUUCUGCAUGCGUAUAUCAAUUUCCUGCAGUGUGAUGUAGAAUGGCAUCCCAGUGGUCUGUAAAGAGCUAAUUUCCUCCCAGAUACAUUACGCAGUGCUAUCCCUGCUGCGAGCAGACACAAAGGCACCACAAGCACUGAUUCAGCCGUGCCUAGGUCCACUUCUCAACCAGGUAAUCUAUUGAUGGAAAAGUCACACUAUGAUGUAUUUUUCUUUUCCCAUUUUGCUGGUUUAGGUUUUUUUUAAAUUGUCUUUUUUUUGCCAUUGAGUGUCUUGUUGUAUGUGGGACCUUUUCGAUUGGUUUCUUGCAUUGUGUCCUUUAGAUAUUUCCAACUUCUUCACACCUCCUUUGACUGUCAGUAUCAAUGUUUCAGAAUGUGCAAUGCUUAUGUGUAAAGGGUAGAUUUGCAAAGCAGUGGAUGUGUAAUGCCAUGUCUUAAAACUAACGUGUUCACUUCUUCUCGUCAACUGAAUGGUUAACAGGACCAUGUCUUCUUUCUGUGUGCUCUAUUUCUCUAGGCUGGACCAAACGGUGUUUGCCUUCAAUGGACACAGAGGACUUUGAAACCAUCCAUUCGAGUGCAGAGGAGCUCUCCAACUCUUCGGAUGGUGAGGACCAGUCCAGUAAUAAAAAUGUAAGUUGUGUUAAAUAAAUCCUGACAGGUAACUUCAUCCCCUCCAUCUUGUUGCUCUUCUUAAAUCCUUCCAAUCCCUGGGAAAGAAAUCCUCUCUGCUUAAUUAUUUCCCACCAUCACCCAUCUUGUUAACGCGGGCUGACGACUUGACAUUUAAAAGACAAAAUAGCCUAGUGUGGGUCUCCCCAGUGCCUCCGGAUUUCUCCUUCCAUUACAAUCUGUCUGAUGUAUGAGAGCCGGAGAUCUGUUUUAAUGGAGGGCCUCCUUCACAACUCCACCACACUUAGAAUAAUGCUCCCUGAAUCCAACAUGAGACUGACGGAUGGACCUGCUGUACACACACAUAACACAUACAGUAGAUGGGUGGACACAGACACACGUCACAUGACACACACACGAAAGUCACACACCAUCACAUACAAAGACAAACUACAACUACAAGGAUAGGGUAUCUCCUCUAAAUCACCCUCCUCCUCCAUUCUCUCCCUGCUGUUAGGGGGACAAUGAUCGCUUCCGUGUCCAGUUGACGUACGAGUCGAGGACAGCGCAGGACCUGUCUAUGGAGUCAGGAGAUUUAGUACAGUUCCUGGAGGAGGCAGAGAAUGGCCACUGGUGAGUGAUGGUAGCACCCACCCUCUCUAUCCAUUCAACACUCUAUGAGAGUCCCAGAGAGAAACCAUUUCUCCUGCCGUAGUAAGAGGGACCCAACUCAACACAGUCAUAUUAGUCCUUGUUCUUGCACUGUAUUCACACUUACACUGCCCAUUCCUAUCUCUUCUCUGAUUAAAACCGUGUUUGGAAAAAUGGAUAACUAAUAACAAUGUUGACAAACAGUUAUUGCUGUGUAGUUUUGUAUUAAAAGUUAAUUCCUUGUAAAAUUAUUUCGAUGAGGCAUUCAGGAUAUUAAAGCAUAAAUGUUGAGUCAAGCUAUAUAUCACAGUGGAAAUUAAAACACAAUGCCUAAAUGAAUAAUAUAUCCGUCUGUUCGAUUCAUCCCACCACUAUGAGGAGUGGUUAUUACCUUCUCACAGUAAUAGCCUCCAGAAUCCAUUGGAAGCCAGGGUGGAUGAGAGAGGGAUUGUGGUUUCACACAAGCUUUUGCAGUGCAUUUAGAGAUGACUAAUACCCCAUUAGAUUAAAGCUGCACUUAAAAAUGCUUUGAAUAUGCUCAUAUUUCAUCACCUCAUGCAUAUUUCAUCUUUUAAAACCGUCUUCAAUCAUUUGCAUCUUUGGGUCCUGGCACUAAAACGUCUCACACAACCCUCUCUCCUCUCCUUUUCAGCAGUCAGUGAUAUGACUGGAUGGGAGUCAACAUGUACUGUACAGAAGUUUCUAAAACUCUGCACAACUCCCAUUGUGUAUGAUAGUUCUGAGUUCUGACUAACUAAAAUCUGGUCCACCAUUUGAAUUGAUGUUAGCACAGCACCUGUCUGUCCAUGCCACGGAUAAGGUGUCAGCUUCACACCUAGCAUCCACACAUAGGCUACAGUACGUCCCCAGCCCACUCACUGUUGACAGCAUAUUUACCUAUGAUGUCAACAAGAACUUUGUAACAACAAGAAUGUCUCCUUUUGGGACCAUUUUGACUUGCUGUGGGAGAACCAGCGCUCUUUAAAAGAGACAGGAAUCACCCUAACCGCAGGGGUUCCAGGAUUAUCUCCAGCAACAUUGCAAACUGUUUUAGAGACUGACGGCCAGGGUCUAUUAAUGCUCCAGUCCUCCCUGUCAUAAUCGACAACAGAGGACAUAGAAAGCAUAUCACCUCCCGUUCAUCCACCUCUGGCCUGCUAGCCCCCCUACCUCUAUGGAAGCACAGUUCCCGCUCAGCCCAGUCAAAGCUAUUCGCUGCUCUGGCACCCCAAUGGUGGAACAAGCUCCCCCACGACGCCAGGACAGAGGAGUCACUGACCACCUUCCGGAGACACUUGAAACCCUACCUCUUUAAGGAAUACCUGGAAUAGUAUAAAAGUAAUCCUUCUACCCCCCCCCCCCCCCCCCCAUAAAAAAAGAAAAGUGGUUGUCCCACUGGCUAUCAUAAGUUGAAUGCACCAAUUUGUAAGUCGCUCUGGAUAAGAGUGUCUGCUAAAUGAUGUAAAUGUAGUAAUGGUAGUACGGUCAAUGUAACUUAAUUUAUGUUUCUCUCACUCACCUGAAUACCUACACUACCGUGCAAAAGUUUGGGGUCACUUAGAAAUGUCCUUGUUUUCGAAAGAAAAGCAAUUUUUUUGUCCAUUAAAAUAACAUCAAAUUGAUCAGUGGAAUAUCUACAGAGGCGUACAGAGGCCCAUUAUCAGCAACCAUCAGUCCUGUGUUCCAAUGGCACGUUUUGUUUGCUAAUCCAAGUUUAUCAUUUUAAAAGGCUAAUUGAUCAUUAGAAAACCCUUUUGCAAUUAUGUUAGCACAGCUGAAAACUGUUGUACUGAUUAAAGAAGCAAUACAACUGGCCUACUUGAGAUUAGUUGAGUAUCUGGAGCAUCAGCAAUUGUGGGUUCGAUUACAGGAUCAAAAUGGCCAGAAACAAAUAACCUUCUUCUGAAACUCGUCAGUCUAUUCUUGUUCUGAGAAAUGAAGGCUAUUCCAUGCGAGAAAUUGCCAAGAAACUGAAGAUCUCGUACAACGCUGUGUACUACUCCCUUCACAGAACAGCACAAACUGGCUCUAACCAGAAUAGAAAGAGGAGUGGGAGUGUCUAGUUUGAGAAACAGGCACCUCACAGGUCCUCAACUGGCAGCUUAAUUAAAUAGUACCCACAAAACACCAGUCUCAACGUCAACUGUGAAGAGGCGACUCCAGGAUGUUGACCUUCUAGGGAGAGUUGCAAAGAAAAAGCCAUACAGUAUCUCUGCCCAUCUUAAUCUUUUAUUUUUAUUGGCCAGUCUGAGAUGUUUUAUUCUUUGCAACUCUGCCUAGAAGGUCAGCAUCCCGGAGUCACCUCUUCACUGUUGACGUUGAGACUGGUUUCCGUUUCCAGCUACAAUAGCCAUUUACAACAUUAACAAUGUCUACACUGUAUUCCUGAUCAAUUUGAUGUUAUUUUAAUGGACAACAAAAUUGCUUUUCUUUUGAAAACAAGGACAUUUCUAAGUGACCCCAAACUUUUGAACGGUAGUGUAUGUCAUUCUGACAGCUAUUGUCAUCAGUAAUCAUGUGCCUAUAAACCUGAAUUACACUGUUAGCACUGAGACAGUUUACCCUAGUAGGAAGCCCACUGGGAGCAGUUCACCCUGCACUAACAGCGCAAAUAAGCAACCCAGAAAAGGGCAAAAAUAGCCCACAAUAACAUAUGUAGCCUGAGAAACAAGGUUAAUGAAAUCGCUAACUUACUAACAUCCGAUAACAUUCAUAUUCUGGCUAUCUCUGAAACUCACUUGGAUAAUUCCUUUGAUGACACAGUGGUAGCAAUACAUGGUUAUAUCAUCUACAGAAGAGACAGGAAUGCCAAUGGGGGAGGUGUUGCUGUAUAUAUUCAGAGUCAUAUUCCUGUUAAACUUAGAGAGGAUCUCAUGUCAAAUGCUGUUGAAGUAAUAUGACUACAAGUUCACCUGCCUCAACUAAAGCCUAUUCUUGUGGGAAGUUGCUAUAGACCACUGAGUGCUAACAGUCAGUAUCUGGAUAAUAUGUGUGAAAUGCUUGAUAGUGUAUGUGAUAUCAGCAGAUAGAUAUAUAUUCUGGGUGACCUAAAUAUUGACUCGUUUUCUUCAAGCUGUCGACUCAAGAAAAAGCUUCAAACUGUAACCAGUGCCUGCGAUCUGGUUCAGGUUAUUAUUCAACCUACCAAGGUAUAUACAAAUGAAAUCAUCCACGUGUAUUGAUCCCAUCUUUGCUAAUGCUGCAGAAAUAUGCUCUGAAGCAGUAUCCACACCCAUCGGAUAUAGUGAUCAUCAUAUAGUAGCCAUAUCUAGAAAAACCAAAGUUCCAAAGGCUGGGCCUAAAAUUGUGUGUAAGAGAUCAUACAAGAGGUUUUGUAGUGAUUCCUAUGUUGAAGAUGUAAAGAAUAUUUGCUGGUCUGUUGUGUGUAAUGAGGAGCAACCAGAUGCCGCACUUGACACAUUUAUGACAUUGCUUCUUCCGUUUACUGAUAAGCAUGCACCCAUUAAGAAACUGACUGUAAAAACUGCUAGAUCCCCUUGGAUUGAUGAGGAAUUUAAAAAAUGUAUGGUUGAGAGGGAUGAAGCUAAAGUAAUGGCAAAUAAGUCUGGCUGCAUAUUGCCAACUACUUUAAUGACUGCAGCCUCGGCGGAAGUCGUGACAGAAAUUGAUAAUAAGAAGAUUGUGGUAGAUGUUCUGUUAGACUUCAAUGCAGCUUUUGACAUUAUCGAUCAUAGUCUGCUGCUGAAAAAACGUAUGUGUUAUGGCUUUACAUCCUCUGCCAUAUCAUGGAUCGAGCGUUACCUAUCUAACAGAACACAGAGGUUGUUCUUUAAUGGAAGCAUCUCUAACGUAAACCAGGUAGAGUUUGGCAUACCACAAGGUAGCUGUCUUGGCCCCUUAUUUUUUUCUAUUUUUACUAAUGACCUACCACUAGUCUUGAGUAAAGCCUGUGUGUCUAUUUAUGCUGAUGACUCAACAUUGUACAUGCCAGCUACCACAGCAAGUGAAAUCACUGCAACACUUAACAAAGAGCUGCAGUCAGUUUUACAAUGGGUGGCUAAUAAUAAGCUAGUCGUAAAUAUAUCCAAAACUAAAAGCAUUGUAUUUGGGACAAAACAUUUGCUAAACCUCAUCUAAAUCUUGUAAUGAAUAAUAUGUCAAUUGAGCAAGUUGAGAAGACUGAACUGCUUGGUGUAACCCUAGAUUGUAAACUGACAUGGUCAAAACAUUUUGAUGCAACGGUAGCUAAGAUGGGGAGAGGUCUGUCUGAUAAAGCGCUGCUCUGCUUUCUUGACAUCACAAGCAAAAAAACAAGUCCUACAGGCCAAUGUUUUAUCACACCUGGACUACCGCCCAGUUAUAUGGUCAAGUGUCACAAAAAAAGACAUAGGCUAAUUACAGUUGGCCCAGAGCAGAGCAGCACAGCUGGCCCUUAAAUGUACACAGAGGGCUAAUAUCAAUAACAUGAAUGUCAAAUCAUUACAUGACCAUUGCGGACAUGACACAUGGUGGGAGCAAAAACAAUUUGUGUAUCUCUAAUCAUUUAAUAACAAUGAGAUGGGUACAUGUAGUAGUUCCAGAAAAUAAGAUAUAUUUACAAAAUGACCAAGUAGGCAAGACAAAUCAAAGUGUCAAUGUUCAUGUAAGAAAUGGUUUGAUAUCAAACUCUUGGUUCAGACCUCUAGGAGACAUGGUACACAAAUGGUGAAUCCAAUACAAGUGCAUUUUGUAAGCAGUAUGUAAACAUUAUUAAAGUGACUACUGUUCCAUUAUUAAAGUGGCCAGUGAUUCCAUGUGUAUGUAUAUAGUGCAGCAGCCUCUAAGGUGCAGGGUUGAGGAACUGGGUGGUAGCCGGCUAGUGAUGGCUAUUUAACAAUCUGAUGGCCUUGAGAUAGAAGCAGUUUUUCAGUCUCUCGGUCCCAGCUUUGAUGCACCUGUACUGACCUCGCCUUCUGGAAGAUAGCGGGGUGAACAGGCCGUGGCUAGGGUUGUUGAGGUCCUUGAUGAUAUUUUUGGCCUUCCUGUGACAUCGGGUGCUGUCGGUGUCCUGGAGGGCAGGCAGUGUGCCCCCGGGGAUGUGUUAGGCAGACCUCACCACCCUCUGCGGUUGCGGGCGGUGCAGUUGCCGUACCAGGCAGUAAUACAGCCCGACAGGAUGCUCUCAAUUGUGCAUCUGUAAAAGUCAAUCUCUCCUGGCUCAAAGUAGAGGAAAGAUUGACUGCAUCACUAAUUUUCUUUGUGAGGGGUAGUGGCGUGUUGAAAGCACUGAAUUGUCUGUUCAAACAGCUAACACACAGCUCAGACCCCCAUACAUAUCCCACAAGACAUCUCUUCACAGUCCCCAAGUCCAGAACAGACUCUGGGAAAGGCACAGUACUACAUAGAGCCAUGACUACAUGGAACUCUCUUCCACAUCAAGUAACUCAAGCGAGCAGUAAAAUCUGAUUUUAAAAAACUGAUAAAACAGCACCUUACGACGCAGACUUUGAAGAGACACACACACAAACAUACGCACACACACACUGUAAUAUUGUAAUAUUGUACAUUUUAUAUUGUAAAUUUGUAAUAAUGCAAUAUGAUGUAUUAUUUUAUUUAUGAUGUAGGCUGUUGUUUUGUUGUGAUGUAAUUGUUUUCAUCCUGUUUGUACUCCAGAAGCAGUAGCUGAUGGGGGAUCCUAAUAAAUACUAAAUACAUGAGAAAUGGGGCCAGUGCACCUGCUAAGUCCCUUCAUGUGGAUGGUUCGCAGCAGGCCAAGGCCAGAGAGUGUUUGUUCUGCUAGGUAGAGCUGCAGAAUCUACAAUGUACAGACUGAAUGCUGGGAGGAUUUAAAUACAUAUAUGAAGCAGUACAGAGGCUCUGGACAGAAUCAACUGUCGGAAGCAGCACCAAGCAGCAGCAGAACCAAUGAAUACACAAGCUUUCCAUCACACGAAGCAGGGUGUCAAAAACUGAAACUUUGGACUUGACAGUUCACAGACAAGAUCAUAGAGAGAACUCCUGAUCAAAUACUAUGCCUAUAAAUAUGUGAGAUUUUACACUCCCAGGGCCCCGUCAGCUCUCCCACUGCCAGUGGCAGUAGUCCAACUCCUAGCCACUCUCUGAUCAUUUCUAUUCCAGCGUGAGGCCCUACAACAGCCUUUCCAUUAAAGCCUACAUUUUCUUUCAUGUUUUAGGCUAGUCAAGAAUCUUAUUACUCAGAAGACAGGUCUGGUACCGCCCAGUAUACUUCAGACAGCAGCAGAAGGAGGUCACUCAUUCAGUAACACUACUGGUAUUUCUGACAUUGCAAGAAAACACUCACCCUAGCUCAAAGCGGUAGUUUGAUUCGGUGCUGGGGGAUUGGGCGGGGUGUGUGCUUGGGAGGAGGCUAAUAGUAAAGCUUUUGCCUGAGAGGUGAACAAGCAAAGCAUGAUGUCAUCCAUUGCAGCAUGCUCUCUCUCCCCUCCCUCCCUCACCUCAGCCUUCCCUUGAAGUGUUCAGUUCACGGCCUUGCUUGUCUUGUUGUGUUGGAGCUCUGUCCUUUAAACAAGUGCUCUCUCAGGCGCUUAUCUGCACUGAGAGGAAUGCCAUCUUGUGUUCUUCGAGAACAGAGUUCCAUGCUUGGGCAGUUGACAUAUUUUUGCUCAGCGCUUUCUCACUUGAAACCAUUUAUAAGCCGCAUUCCAGCAGCAUACUGGUUUGUACUACUGUAAGGUUUAAUAGAAGCACUCUUCAAUGAUAUUGAUCUUAAUCGAUAUUGUUUCACCAUCAUGUCCUUUUUUACACUGCUAUUAAAACUGCAUUGUUUGGUCAGUCAUUGUAUCCAGGCUAUGGAACCCCUCUCUAAAAAGACUGAUGGUGUUGUUUGAAUCCUAAGAAUCACCACUCCCUUCACGCCUGUUGCUUGGCCUCCAUAACGUUAGAUCCUAAUUCCCAUGUAGGUGAGUUUGCAUCUUUAACUCUGCUUUUUUUUUUAUUCCAGAUAUCUUCAGUGACAUGUGCACAGCAGCUCUGUCUGACUCUGAGGAAAAUGAAAGCAGUACGUGUGGAGAUGUAUCUCAG